CUUCUUGUCAAAUAAAGAAAAGAAGAAGAAAAAAAAAAAAAAAAAAAGCUAUUGCCACCGUAAGAUAGAACGCUAGUAACCAUAACCGAGAGAGAAAGAAAAAGCGAGUUUGUGAGCUAUGGCUGAGGAGGAGGAAGACGACGAGAGCUUCGGUGACUUCAAGUUCGCCUCCUUUCCAAAUCAACCAUUCUCUUUUACCUCUAACCACAACAACUUCGCCGUUCAAAACGACCACAUCAAUGGCACCACCUCCUCAAAAUCCUUUGAUCCAUUUACGGUAUUCCCGGAUCCCGUCGAUAAACGUGUAAACGACACCAACAGUAUGGCCGUUGAGGCAAACAAAUCUCGCGGAGCUAUUCCGCUUUCAAUCUUCGGCGAGGAAGAUGAAGAGCCGGAUUCUUCUUCCAAUGAUUUUUUCUCCAACAAAAGUAAUAGUGUUGGUGCCGUCAAAACUGGAUCCGAUUCUAACGGUUCCGUUAGAAUCAAUGAUUUAAUUUCCGGUUUGUAUUAUCAGCAACCUCAGGUUAAUUCUCAAAACGGACCAGUUUCGAUAUCCAAUGUCUCUGCUCCUAAUUCAAUGAACUUGAACGCAAGCGAAUUGAAUCAGAAUGAGGACGAGGACGAUGAUGGAUGGGAAUUCAAGUCUGCGGAAUGGGAAAAUGGAAACAAAAGCUUGAAUGUUAAGGUUGAAGCGCCAAAGCAUGGUAACAGUGUGGUUGGUGUUGAUGCUUUGUUUAAUUCAUCCGCCGGGAUUUCUGACAAAGUUGGUGAAUGGCACCUUGGGUUUGAGUUCAGUCCCAGUUCUGCAUCUCACAGCCCACGGCCAGCUCCAAAAAGUGUGUCAAAUGAGAUUGGAGCUGGGUUUAUGAUGUUCAAUCAAGCUUUUGGGAAGUUGGAGAAUGCACAUUCAUGGCCAGGAUCAAAUCCAACUUUGGUAGCACCAAAAAAGGAUGAAAUGUAUCCCAAUGCUACAGAAGUACUUAAAGAUGAUGAGGGAGCUUCCCAUAGUACUAUCGAUCCAUCUCAUGCAUCACAAUCUCAUCAAUCUAAUGGGCGGGGCUUUGGCUUUAAUUUCAAUUCUAGUUCCCUAGGUGAAGACAGUCUAUUUUCAGAGUCAUACUUCAAAACUGAAAACAACCAACGCAAUGCCUCCCCAACUAAUAUAAAUGUUGAUUCAGAUGUCAAUUUGUUUGAAUCAAAGGAUGCAGGCACGGAAAUAGGAAUAAAACAUGAGAAGCAGCUUAUAACUUCAGACAAUCGUAGGGAAGCUUUGCCUCUGUCAAUUUUUGGCGAUGAUAUGCCAGAUGCAAAUGAACAUUCUGCGUCUCAAGAUUUGUCUCCCUAUGCACCAGUAUCUCCAAUACAGACCAACUUUCAUAGUCCUUGUUCCAAUUUAUCUAUCAAUGAUUUGAUAUGGAAUUUAUAUAGUCAAGCUGAAAACAAAGCUUCUCCUAAUGUAACACCAAAAGCAAGUGAAAAUCAGAAACUUGCCUACCCCGAAAUAUCAGGCUCCAAUUUGGUUGACAGCGAUGCUUUUGAUGAUGACUUUGGGGACUUUAAGGAUGCUUCACCUGAAACCGAAUUCGCCCAACAAUCUGCACAGAAGACUUCUUUUAAUCAUUCAACAGAAGUCAAUGAGAAUGGUUUGCAGACUUCCUUGAAAGAUUUAAAUUCUGAUUUGAUCAAUGGUGAUGAUGGUUUUGAAGAUGAUUCGUGGGAAUUUAAGGAUGCUAUAUCUGGAACAAGUAGUCAAGAUCAGACAUCUACUAUAGAUCACAGAGAUUUAUCGACAGAGUCAUCAACCAAAUUAGAACCUUCUGACUGUGUGGAGUUUUUUAGCAAAUUGAAGGAUGAAUUGUGCAAUGAUGUCCUGUUCCAUCUUCAGAACUUCAAGAAAGCCCAAGAUGUUGCGGCUCUUUCGGGUGAAGAUGCAAAAGCAAAAGCCCUUGAGGUGGAAUUUCAGGAACAUUCUGAGAUACUGCAUCAGCAUCAUAUGAGCUUACCUGUUGAAUAUCUAUCAGAAAAUUAUUCACCGAGAAAUGUGAACUUUGAUGAUCUUCUCAACAUUUUGAAGGAACCAAAGUUCCUACCUGUUGAAUCAGAAUACCAACUAGCAUCAAGGUUGUCUAUGGCCGAGACGGAUAUAAAAUCUGCUAUGGAACUCUUGAAAGAUGCAGUAUCAACAUUAAGAAUUCUCAAGUUGGGAUCGGGAGAAGAACAAUCUAAUUAUCUUACCAUAUGGCACAAGAUUGCCUUUGUUUGUUCUCAAGAGCUGAAACACGGUGCUUAUAUCUGGAAGGAAGCAGUCCAAAAGAAUGUCCAUGACCAGUUAUUAUCUAUCACAAAAGGUGUUCAGUAUGUUCAUGCACUCGGAGAAAUUUAUAGAGUGGCAGAAAUUAUUGGAGCUUCGGCCAAACUUCACAAACCAUGGAUGUUAUCAUGUUCCAUAGAUCGUACAAGUUUAUUUGCCCUUUUGAACGAGUGUAAUAGCUUAUGGUUGGAGUCAGGUCUUGAAGAAGCACUUUCUAGUAUAUCAAAUCUGAAUAAUUUUAACGCGGAUGGCAUCUCAAGGGAAUUAGUUGAAUCCAUUAAGUACAUUCAUGAGCUUGAUGAGCAUGCACUUCAAAGCUAUGUAAUUUCAGGAGAAGAAAUUACGUGCCAGUUGUCAGCCUUGCCUGCUGGUUGCAUACCAGGGUUAAAUUUGGCGACAUGGAAUAGGAAGCACUACUUCAUCAAUCUCGCAAACUUGUGGGUCAAUCUAAUAAGUUCAGAUCCUCCCAAGUGAUACAUUCUAAUUCAGUCGAGUCUCUUAAAACAAGGAGAUUCUUCCACUUGAUUUUUCAGUGUUGUUUAAGAUUUAUUCACACUAAGAAAAAUCAGUGAGAUUGUGGCAGAAUCCUUUUUUUUCUUGGUUAGUUGGGGUGAGGCACAUAAGCAGCUGUUGUUAACGUGGGAAUAGAUCGUUGUGGCUUGUGGGGGAUGAAAAUCACAUGGUUACUAAUCAGGCAAAGUCACCAAUAAAGUUAAUUCUUUCUUCGAUAGGUACCAUUCUUUAAGUGGAAGUUUUGGAACAAAAUGUUACAGGUGUAAAAUAUUACUAGUGAUAAAGAAGAUCUACACUACGUAUAGUAGAAUUCUGGAUUCCAUCCAGUUUUGCAGAGGGAAUGAUAUUGCUUGUCAAAUUAUGCUGUUGUUUGUAACCAAAUAUCACCAAAAUCUAGUCAUACCAUGUUUGACCAUUGCAAACUCGAGUUAAAGAAUUUUACUAUGAAACUAACCAAGCACUUAGUCUUCAA